CACGCACGCACGCAAGCUAUCCGGACUGAACUGAGCCCAGCCCCACCUCAGGAGGAGGCUGUGCUCGCUCUCUAGGUGUCUGGAUCGAGAGCAGAUCGCGUACGAUUCGUCCGAUCAUCACCAGAGCGUCUUCUAUUCUCAGUCUCGGCGACAGACGCACAGCAACACGAGUCAUGGAGACCAGACUGCCCUCCAGCUAGCUAACUGCUAUCCGAUCGGAGCCCGAAAACAUGCGCUAGACAGGUAUUUACCCCGCUGCAUCUGCUCUUUUAGCGCGUCCGCAGGGGAGAAAACACGACUUGAAGAUUUCUGACAACCUUCGGCAGAGACUUGAGAUGAUCUGAAUCUGAAAGGUAUUAUACGCAAGCCUGUUUCCUGUUUUCACUGGAGUGACGCCGCUGUCACAUCGGGCCGUCAUGCAGACUUUCCUGAGAGGCAGACGAGUGGGCUACUGGCUCAGCGAGAAGAAGAUGAAGAAACUCAAUUUCCUGGCCUUCGCGGAGAUGUGCAGGAAAAGAGGAAUAGAAGUUGUUCAGCUCGACCUGAGUCAGCCGUUAGAGGAGCAGGGUCCCCUGGAUGUCAUCAUUCACAAGCUAACAGACCUGAUCCUGGAAGCGGACCAGAACGACACCCAGUCCCUGCUGCUGGUCCAGCGAGUGCAGGAUUAUAUUGACGCUCACCCAGAGACCAUCAUUCUUGACCCACUUCCAGCCAUCCGAACUCUACUGGAUCGCUGCAAAUCCUACCAGCUGGUGCACAGGAUAGAGGACUGCAUGAGAGAUGUGAGGAUCUGUUCUCCUCCAUUUAUGGUGCUGAACAGUGAGUGUGGCCCAGACACGCUGGAGCAGAUCAAGCAGCACGGUCUUACAUUCCCUUUCAUUUGCAAAACCCGGGUUGCUCACGGAACUAACUCUCAUGAGAUGGCUAUAAUAUUCAACGCAGAGGACCUAAAGGACGUGAAGCCACCCUGUGUCAUUCAGAGUUUUAUUAACCACAAUGCCGUGCUCCAUAAGGUGUUUGUUGUGGGCGAGUCGCACACUGUGGUGGAGAGACCGUCACUCAAGAACUUCCCCUCCGGACCGUCUGACAGAAAAGCAAUUUUCUUCAAUAGCCACAACGUGUCCAAGCCAGAGUCGUCCUCUGACCUCACAUCUAGGGAUAACGUCGAAGGGGUUUCGCAACCACCGAAUGAUGAUGUCAUUAGGGAACUGUGUAAAUCUCUUCGGGAAUCUCUCGGUGUUUCGCUCUUCGGCAUCGACGUCAUCAUUAACAACCAGACGGGCCAACAUGCAGUCAUUGACAUCAAUGCAUUCCCUGGAUACGAGGGUGUCCCGGAGUUCUUCAGUGACCUCCUGAACCACAUCAUCAGCGUCCUUCAAGACCACUCUCCCAGCGACCCCUCCGCCCCUCCCCCUCCCGGCCAGCUGCCCGCUUUAGGCGCAGGAGAGCGCAACUGCGCCCCGUCCCAGGAGUGCUGCGGCCUGCUCGGAAAAGAGUCGGACAGCAGCCCCUGGAUCGUGGAGGGCGACGGUGGUCUGAAAGGCCCUCGUCAGAGACUGGGCUGCAACACGGCCAUGUCCCCCAACUUCCAACAGCACUGCGUGUCCACGAUAGCCACCAAAGCCUCGUCGCAAUGACUGCAGUGUGGUCCCCCGUCCUUUCCUGAACAAAUUGUGAAGACAAACUGAAUAAUAUACAAUAACAAUAAUAACUAUUAUACUGAUAAUAUAUCUGUAAUCGGAAAUAAACUAUAUUGGGAAUAAUCAUAACGAUGUUGAUAAAUGGGCAUUGGAUUCUGUCUCCUAUGCCUUUGUAUAUGUUUUCUUUUUUAAUUUCUUUCUCUUCAGUCUAACGACUCAGUACUGUAAUGUGAACUUGUCGGAAAUGAACAUUGAUCAGUAGCUUUUUUUUUUUAUUAAUCGGUUUUAAUUUGAAGCACGGUGUAAAAUUGGUGGAUGUUACACACUAGGGGCACGUCGGAUAUUUAAGAUUGAAAUGGUUCCGAUCUUUUUCUUUUGUUGCUGGCGGAAAAGACUAAGUUUUUAAUGACUCUGAACACAAACACAUAGAAUAAUCUAACAAACAGGACACUUAAUAAUGUCUUCGUGCUCCGUAUUUAGUGGCAAUCCUAUAUUGUGGUGAUCCACAGUGUAUAUCGUCGUGCAGCGUCUACAAAGCUCCUGUAGGCCGUGUGCCGCUGUGUUUGAUCUCUCGUGAAUCUUUUCAUAAUGCUCCAGAAGACUUUCACCGUCCUUCCAUAAGCAUCGUGACACCUGGCGUUUUUUUUCUCAUGUGCAUUUUAGUGCAUCAUAUCACAUAGGGUGGGGGGAAAAAAACGAACGACGAAGUUCGGUUUAACGGAAGUCGACUUUCUGAAGAGGUUCUACUGUUCUUCUAAAAAAUUAUUAUUAUUUUUUUUGGUCAAUGUUGAGUUAGGUUUUGGACGGUUUGUGAGAGGAUAUUCUGACAUUCCCUGUAUGCGUGUGUUGUUUUUUUAGCGGGGCGGUCCUUUAAAAGUUCGGACGUUUUGUAUAUGAUCCAGUUUUGAAUGACUUUGCUUCAGGUUAGUACGGAGCCUUGAAAUAUUUGAACAAACUGCAUCGGAUGGAUGUGAAUUUAUAUGUUGGGAGUAUUUAAUCUUCUUCUAAUCGCAAAGAAGUGACGCAUCUCUCCUACAGAGGGUUCAGCGCUUUGAUUCUAGGUUAUACCAUUCCUCGUUUAAAAGGAAAAUGAACAGAUUUGUAACAUAUUGCUCAUUAUAAAAGGAUUAUAAUUGCUAACUUAAAGUAUCUGUUUUAUACAUCGUAUAGUUAGCGAAAUAUUGCAUUCGAGGCAGUUGAAGCACUAAAUAAUCAGCAAAUUUAUUUAGCUCUAAUAUAAAAGUCGUUAAAACCAUCGGAGCGUUUUAGCAGUAAUUUAUGCAUUAAUUAAAGUGUAAUAAAGCCAAAAAAGCGAUUUGCAGCUUUUUAGGUUCUCUAUCGGUAAUGAAAGUUGGAUAUCCCACGGCGGGGGUUUUUUUUUGUGUACAAUUACAAAAAUGAUCAUCUUAUUUGUAUUCAUGUUUAUAAAAGAAUCUUCGCCCACUUAGUGCCCAUAAAGCGACUCCUACAUGUUGUGAGACCAACAGAAAACAGCUUGUUUUUGUUCACUGUGAGAGGAAUGAAUGUUGUGGGGAUAUUUGACAAACAGUGUCUUAAUAUGGCAAACAAGAACGGUGCGAAUGGACUGCUGUCAUCAGCAUCUGCUCCCAUUCUGUUCAGUUUAUGUGAAGUGAACAUUUAGUGGCACUCCACUGGCCCUUUGCACCUUACAUUAACGUUUUUCUUCUUCUGAUGGGGUCCAUUUUUUUAAGAUGAAUAUUUUCAUAGGUGUACCAAACUGUUUAAUAUCCUUUUCUAUAGUAACUCACUCCAUUGUGACGGAAUACAAAUUAAAGUGGUCGUUAUAAUUUUGAUGCCAUUUCAAUGACGAUUAGCCGUCUUUUUUUUUUUUUUUUUUUUUUUUUUUAAUCGGACAUGUAGCCUCUUGCUUGCAAUGGGUAUUUAUAUCAAGAGUGUUGGGAUACGUUUGUGUGAUUUGAUGGGUAGUGUGUUCAGAUUAAGUUUGCAUUUUGUACGUCCUAAAAAAUGCUCCAAGUCUGAGCCAGCUGAGAGAAUGACAGCCUUCAACACAGAUUUACCUUUUGUCUCUGUACUUUUGCCUUCAUUGUGCUAUCAAAUAGAAAAUCUUCUCACCUACUAAA